GCGAUGAGGAGGGCAAUGCCGCCAAUCACUCCCCGAUUAGAUAGCGCCUUUCGCGAAUAAACUCGGGACCCGAUUUAGUAGACCAUGACAGAAACGCAGCACAGACCAGCACAGCGAAGAAUUCCGUAGCGGGUGUAUUCCGGGGUUCCAAGUACCUGAGAUCACGAUAGGUCUUGGUCGUAUGCGUCAAUCCUGAAGACAAGCGUACCCACCCAUCUUCAUGCUGAAUCUCGAGAUCAAGUGAAUCAAGUGUGUUUGUCAUUCUAAGUACUGAUUCAUAAGAUUUCUAGAUGACUGCCCCGCUUUCGGGAUAUUUCUGAGUCACAAAUCAGAACUUAGAACUCAGAACCCAGAACUCUCAACUCAGAACUCAGAGCCCCGACUCAGAAGUGUGCUCCAGCUCACAUUAGCACUGUGUUAUCAGCUAUCAGUGCGCUAAAUAAUAAGUCAUUGCCGAAUGAAAACAUUGUGUCCCCAAGUGGGAGGGCAGGUGAGCAGAUCUCAUGGAGCUUCAGCAGACAGUUUGGGAUCCAAUUGGCACGCAUAUAUGAUAACAGAUACCGGAGGGGAUUCUACAUGCCAAAGUGGACUAGGUGUCGGGACAGGCCUACAGAUACUUCCAUGAUUAGAUAAACUAGCCAGGGGAUAUUGGUAAAAAUACAAGCACAUGUGAGUAAUGAAUUGAAUCGUAAACAUUAAUGAGUGUGUAAGUAAUUAUAACUAUGCUUUGCAAUAACCAGAUUUCUCCCUAAAGGUGAAUACUGUAAAGUCGUUGACUUUCUUUGCCCUGGGGGAGUUGCUUUUGUCGGCUUGAUCGACGCGUUCUUUAAUCCCCAUUCAGCUGGCUAAUAGAGCGGAGAACUGGUUUGCCCGAUCCAGAAAUACUCCACCGGGUGAUGUAACAGAGAACUCCGCUUUUUGUGGCCUCAGACGACUCGUAAACAUGUCUACGACACACGACCUGUAACGGAACCCAAACCCAUGAGUCGCACCCGAUCGAAAAAGUUCCUAAGCCAUUAAUCGCACACCGAAAGAAAAAGUCCAGCACUAAGAACUGGGAACCAAGGAGAGAAGCUGAUUUGAGAAUUAAAUACGAAUAAAAAAGAUUUGCUGUAAAGAAUGAAGGAACUUAAAGAUUAGGGCAGCGGAUGUUAAACUGCGUUCAAGGGCACAUAUUUUGAAAGAUUUUUGCUCCCAACUAAAAAGCUGUGUUAAAUCUUUUUUCUUCAGUGGCACCGCCCAUCUUCAUAUGCAUACAAAUAACGUCAUAUAUCAAAGAGCACUAUCGCGGGAUAUUGAACUCUUCGAAUUCAUUUGGGAAAAUGCAGGGCUGGCAGAACGAUUAUGGAAGUGGACUGGACCGAGAAGUGGAGGGAUCCCACAAAGCCCCCAUAUGCAAAUUAAUGAGCGCAGUUAUUAGAACGGUGCUUGAUCGAUCCAAAAUCGAGAUCGAAACCGAGAUCGAGCUUCAGCUCCAGUUGGAUAUGGAGAUGGAGAUGAACAGAAAAGAAAGGCAUCCCAAAUUUGGGCCAUUGCGUGGCUUAUUCUAAUGAGGAAACCGGGCACAAGAUGUGGGAUUAUCACAGAUGCACCGCCUAUAAAAGGGCAGUGCAGCUGCAGUGGUCAGGUUAUUCCGAGAGAGAUCAUGGAUCGAAGAGUGACAGCGAUUGGUUUCGUUAUCCUGCAGCUGCUGGUCAGCGGCUUCUGCUUCCAGGAGAAGGCUCCGCUGCAGACGAGCCUGGUCAGCGGACAGGCCAGGAACGAUAAGCAGCAACAGGUGCUGGACGAUCCGCUGGGCAGUGGACGCGGGAUUGAAGACCACCUGCUGAAGACCAUUGGUAAGGGCGGCAUCAAGCUGGUGAUGGCCUCGGGAGCCCAGACGACCACCCCGAAACCGUCAGUACAACACCAUUACUAUUAUCCACCAGAGGAUCAGCAGCACCCACGGCAGUACGGCUAUCCGCCGCCCUGGUCGCCAGCACCGGGCCCUUAUCCGCCGCCCCCACAACGUCCAUGGGGGCCACCACCGCCACCCGGACCUCCUCCGCCAGGACCUCCCCCGGCGGCACCCUACUACAAUCCCUACUACAAUGGCUUCAACUACUACGGCGGAUAUGGCGGCUAUGGUUAUGGGGGCUUUGGCUAUCCCGGCUACUCCGGCUAUCCUGGCUAUCCCUACUAUCCCUUCUAUCGCUCCUCGACGGCUGGGGAGGUCGAUAACCAGCUGCCCGGUGCCGAUGGACUCACUUCCGGCGCCAUUCCUGGCGUUUUCCAGGGCAGGGCCGUGCUGUCGCACCAGAACUUCCUCGAUGGCAGGAACAACGCAAACAUUGUGCCGCUUUAUCACCUGCUCCAAAUGGCCAGAACCUAAAGCACUGUAAUCCAAUCCCUAACUAAAACUGAAUAAACUGUGUACCAUACAUAUUGUGAAUAACUGCGUGAUGCUUUGUACUUAUUCUUACAUUUCAUCAAAUGGGCUCUAAAAUUUGGUCAUAUUCAAUAUCUAAUCUAUAAUCGUGCUCAGACUGCAUGACUGUAUAAAAGUUCAAGAAAAUCGCCCAAUUGAAAGCCUGUGAUAAUAGAAACAGAGUUGAAGAAUGGAGAAAGGGAGAAGGUGUUGCUUCUAACCAACUUGAGAUCGAUGAUUAUCCAAACCCUGAGAAUAGCUUUGCCAGAUCAUCCAGCUGAAUCGAUCGUUAGACUUAUGAAGAACCCAAGCAAAGGCCGCUGACCGAGAGGAACGAUGAUCGAACUCGUUCAAACGACCGUCAUCGUCAUUUCUCGCACCCGCAAAGACUGGAAAUUAAAAUUCAAACUGGGCAAACUUAUCGAGCCGGUUGCAAAUACAUGAAUCUGGACGCGCGGCAGCUGAGUCAUCCGCGUUUCGGGGACGAGGUUUCUGGGCUCGAGGAGAUCGCGAGGAGAUCCGCCCGCCAAUGUGACGCAUGCCAAGUGCCUGGGUCUCAGUAUCGGUCUCCGUCUCGGUCUCGGAUAACCAUUAAGUAUUAAACAAUCACUGGGGACCGCUGUUUUGUUAGCUCACUGCGCGCUCACUGCCAUAAAAAGCGUCAACAGCGGAGGCCGAUCUUGAACGCGAUUUACUGCCACGGCAAUUGCAAAAAAUAAAGAAAAAUCUGCUGAAAGAGCUACUGAAAGAGCUGCCAAAAAGCGGUUUCGUUUUUGCCGCACUGUUCCGCACUGUUUUUGGCCGCUUGAAAACAGACU